AUGAUUAUUUUUUUCUCGCAUCCCCCCUAUACAUCUUUUCGAUCAGCCACCCAGGGUCCGUCCCUCUCUUCCUGCGGUAUCCAGUACGCCGGCGCAACCCCGGCGCGUGCCAAGUACAAGACAAGUGUAGCGCGCACGCGCUGCUUCUGGCCAUGUUUCCCUCGAUUCAUGGAUUCGAUAGUACUGCAUGUACAGCUCACUACCGAACAGCGCGCGGAGAGAUAGCGGUUCGCGUUCGCGUCGAGAUGCGAAAAUGGGGUUUUGGAUCGUGAAUCGUAGACGCAUAGAAGAAGAAGAAGAAGAAGAAGCGAAGAACCACAACGCCGACUUAGCGGCACCCUUGGACGUGAUUGACGCAGGUAUAACAUAGCUAGCCAUUUGCGCCAAAACAAAAUAUAAAGAUAAAGAGGGGAAACAAAAGGGGGCACAAGAUAUAAUUGAAUUGGUUUUUUGUAGUUGGAGGGAAAUAAGCUGGCGUAGCUUAUCCGCUUCCUUUCUUCCUCCCUCGCUGCACUUAUACUUCACUACCUACACUACUCUCGUUCAUACAUAAGUUAUCUACGAUUAACUAGCGUACACACAGUAAGAAGUACUGUGAAUAAACACAUACAAACUUCUUCUCUUUUAGAAGACGUGGAGGAGGCAGAUGACUUCCUCUUCUUCUUCUUCUUCUUCUUCUUCUUCUUCUUCUUCUUCUUCUUCUUCUUCUUCUUCUUCUUCUUAUACUUCUGCCCCUUCCGCUCAACACCAUCCCCAUUGCACCGUCGUACAAUACUAUCACAUCCUAUUUUUUUUCCUUUCUAAUUCUGCGUCAAGAACGAUCAAUGAGGAUAUUUACCGCAGAUUCAAUACAUUGAUUUGACAAUAUCCAGCCGUUGGCACACACUCCUUUCUUCCUUUAUUUUUAUUUUUUAUUAAGUAUCUAACUUUAACUUUAAUGUUUUGUUGGUUGUUGGUAUACAGACAUUGUAAUAAUAUGUAAUUCGUUAGUGAAGGGGGGGGGGGGGUGGCACAGCAAAACAACACAGCAAAGGCAGGUACACACUCGCAUCGCAUCGCAUCGCAUCGCAUCCAAUCCAAUCUAUUCGUUUACAUAAUCUAGUCGCAACACCAACCCCCCCUUCCCACGCACGCGCGCGUAGACAAAAUAAACAAAACAUUAAUCCUAACUCACCUUUUUUUAUUUAUGUAUUUAGCAGCAGGUGUCAGUCCCGCCGCUCCACCUUCCCUUUCCCACGUUGUUGUCUGUCUGCGCGGGGCUGGGCCUGGGCUCUACAUACACACACACAUACACACACAUAUAUAUACCUAUCUAAUCCAUCCAGGGAAAGAAAGAAAAAACAGCUGACCCACCUACUUACCUAUACAAUAACCCCAAACUAUCAUCAC